AUGACUGAAAACAAAAGUGACACUUUCCAAAAAGUUACAGAAACCACAUCAGCACCAGAUCCUCAUCAAGUUAAUCCGUAUGGGCCUAACCCUUCCGAUUUUUUAUCUAACGUCAACAGUUUCCAAUUGAUUGACUCGACUUUGAGAGAAGGUGAACAAUUCGCUAAUGCCUUCUUUGACACUGAGAAGAAGAUCGAAAUUGCCAAGGCAUUGGACGAUUUUGGUGUCGAUUACAUAGAAUUGACAUCUCCAGUCGCUUCUGAACAAUCUCGUAAAGAUUGUGAAGCCAUUUGCAAAUUAGGUUUAAAGGCAAAGAUCUUGACACAUAUUCGUUGUCACAUGGAUGACGCUCGUGUUGCUGUUGAAACCGGUGUCGAUGGUGUCGAUGUUGUUAUCGGUACUUCAAAGUUCCUUAGACAAUACUCUCACGGUAAAGAUAUGAAUUACAUUGCUAAGAGUGCCGUUGAAGUUAUUGAAUUCGUUAAAUCUAAGGGUAUUGAAAUCAGAUUUUCAUCAGAAGAUUCUUUUAGAAGUGACUUAGUCGAUUUAUUGAACAUUUAUAAGACAGUUUCUCAAAUUGGUGUCAACAGAGUUGGUAUUGCUGACACUGUUGGUUGUGCGAACCCAAGACAAGUUUAUGAACUAGUUAGAACAUUAAAGAGUGUUGUUUCCUGUGAUAUAGAAUGCCAUUUCCACAACGAUACGGGUUGUGCAAUUGCUAAUGCUUACACUGCAUUGGAAGGUGGUGCUAAAUUGAUCGAUGUCUCAGUAUUGGGUAUUGGUGAAAGAAAUGGUAUAACACCAUUAGGUGGUUUAAUGGCAAGAAUGAUUGUUGCCGCCCCAGAAUAUGUCAAAUCCAAAUAUAAGUUACACAAGAUAAGAGACAUUGAAAAUCUUGUUGCUGAUGCAGUCGAAGUUAAUAUUCCAUUUAACAAUCCAAUUACGGGUUUCUGUGCCUUUACCCAUAAAGCAGGUAUACAUGCAAAGGCUAUCUUAGCCAAUCCAUCUACUUAUGAAAUUCUUGACCCACACGAUUUUGGUUUGAAGAGAUAUAUUCAUUUCGCUAACAGGUUGACUGGUUGGAAUGCAAUUAAGUCGAGAGUUGAUCAAUUGAAUUUGAAUUUGACUGAUGAUCAAGUUAAAGAAGUUACAGCAAAGAUCAAGAAGCUUGGUGAUAUUAGACCAUUGAACAUUGAUGAUGUUGAUUCUAUCAUUAAGGACUUCCAUACAGAAUUGACGACGCCAAGUCUCGCACCAGCUAAAAAUGAUACUAUUAACGAACCAUUAGACAUUUCCAGUGAACCAGCCUCUAAGAAGGCAAAGAUUUCAAACCACUAG